AUGCGCAACAUCACGCAAUACACCCUCCUGGUUGGGGGCUACUUCUCCAACAUCAGCGUGUUCACGUUCGACCCGGCGGCGACUACCUCUGUGGCCAACUCGACUCUGCCCCCGGCGGGCAACUCGACCCUCCCUGCGACGCUCCCCUCGGCUGCUAAUGCUACGGGCCUCAAGUUCGACGGAGCGGUCGCACACCCCGCGAACCCGACUUGGUUUGAGACCGAGUGCGGCCUGUUCGCGGCGGCGGAGAGCGCGGCCAACGUCGUGACCCGUCUCCGUCGGCGGCGACCCGGUGCACUCGGCCUGAUCUCUUCGAGCUACUCCAACGGCACCAUCAGCUACAUCCCCCUGCUGCGCGAGACGGGUGCUAACACCACCCUUCCCAUCAGCAACUCGACCGCUACGUCUGGCAACGGCUCUGCCGCAGCUGCCGCGCCUGCCUCGCCCGCGGGUGGCAAUGGCUCUGCGCUCGCUGGCGCUCUCGCGGCUGGAACGGCGGAGGGCCGGUCGUUCGGGAAGGCGGUCACUCUGCGCUUCAACGCGACGUACCCUAACGGCACUGCGCCGCAGGACCAGAGCCGCGCGCACUCCUCGCUCGUGCACGGCGGCAAGAUCUACACGGCCGACCUGGGCAGCGACCGUAUCUGGAUCUCGCGCUGGGCUAACGGCUCGCUGACGCUCGAGGGAAGUAUCCAGACGCCGAAGGGAUUCGGACCGCGCCACAUGGUCGUGAUCCAGCCAGACGAGACGCCCGCCGCGCCCAGCCUGCCUUCCAACGACUCCUCCGCCUCUGCUUCGCCCAUCUCCACCCCCUCUGCCGCUGGGUCCGCCGUCAAGUCUGCCGCGCUCGCGCCCCGCGCCAGCCCCACCCUCGUCACGCCGGGCACGAACGCGACCAAGCCGCGCAGUGCGAUCCUGUACGUCGUCGGCGAGCUGUCGAACAAGGUGGCCGCGUUCGAGCUCGACUCGCCUUCCAAGCCCCUGUUCGAGGAAUCCGUGAUCCCCCCCGGCCUCAAUGCUACGGGCAUGGCGGCGGGCGAGAUCAUGCAGAACCCGCGCAAUGCGUCGCAGCUCUUCGUCUCGAACCGCCUUGCCGCCAAGUCCAACCCGAACGUCACUGGCGACGCGGUCACGAUCCUCACGCUCUCAGCGGACCGUAGGGCGGUCGCUGGGAAGAGGUUUGUCGACACGCACCUCAACAAUAUCCGCGGCAUGAAGUUCUCGCCCCAUGGUGACUUCCUCGCCCUCGCUGGUAUUGAGAAGGGCAUUGCGAUUUAUGCUGAGCAGAACGGAAACUGGACCCAGGUCGCCAAGUACGACGAUAUCGAGCAGGCGGCCGACUUUGCCUGGAUCGCGGGCAAGUCGUACUCUGCCUAA